UUGAAACUUUUUUAUAUAUUCUGUAUCUCGUUUGUGUGGUAUCAAAAGUAGUUAAAUAAAAUUGAGUACUUUUGCAGUAUUUAAUUUAUGGUGGAAUCAUAUUUUAUGCUUUUAUAUUAAAAAUGCAAUUUUUAUGUAUAUUGUGAAUUAUAAAUUAUCUUUAAAUAAUAAAUUUUUGUAAAUAAAAUAAUAACAUAUAACUAUGGGUGAUAAAAGACAACAAAAUUUAUCGAAAGAAGAAAUAGCAAAACAAUUUAUGCUACCAGAGAGAAAAAGUAAGAUUGCUACAUUAUUAAAACAAGAUGGCCAAGCAUAUUGUAUUUGCAGAAGUUCUGACAGUUCACGUUUUAUGAUAGGAUGUGAUGCAUGUGAAGAAUGGUAUCAUGGUGAUUGCAUAAACAUAACAGAAAAAGAUGCUAAGCACAUAAAACAAUUCUUUUGUAUUCGCUGCAGAGAUGAAGAUCCCACUCUAAUAACACGUUAUAAACCUCGACGAACUGAACCAGAAGAUCGUAAAUACAAAAAACAUAAAGAGAAAGAAAGAGCGCAUAGAUAUGAGUAUGAUGCACCUUGGGAUCCUACAGCAGUAAAAAAAUCAUCAAAACGUUGUGGAGAAUGUACAGGUUGUUUAAGAACUGAAAAUUGUGGAAAAUGUGAUGCAUGCAGACAUUUGAAAAAAUUUGGACCUUCAGUUAGAUUAAAACUUAGAUGUAUACAAAGAACUUGUAGAGUAUUAGGGGAUCCUUUGAAACCAUCAAAAAAUUUCAAUAAAAGUUCUAAAUUUAUCAAAAAACGAAAAAGAGAUUCUAGCAAUGAAAGGAAUGAGCUUUUAGAAGUACCAAGACAUUGUUAUGGACCUGCUUGUACAAAACAAUCUCGACCAGGUAGUAAAUACUGCUCUGAUGAAUGUGGAUUGAAAUUAGCAACUAACAGAAUUUAUCAAGUAUUGCCUCAACGGAUACAAGAAUGGUCAUUGACACCAUGUAUUGCGGAGCAAAAUAAUAGAAGACAAUUAGAAACAGUUAGGAAACAACAACAAGAUGUACGAAGAAUACUUCAGGAGUUAGAUAAAAGACAUUCAGAAUUGGAUAGAAUCGUUGAACGUGCAAAACAUGCAACAAUUGAUCCCCAGACUGAAGUAGAUGAUAAUGAUGAUACGGAAAUGAGCAUGUAUUGUAUUACUUGUGGUCAUGAAAUUCAUUCAAGAACUGCUAUUAAGCAUAUGGAAAAAUGCUUCAAUAAGUAUGAAUCUCAAGCUUCCUUUGGUUCAAUCUUCAAAACUCGUAUCGAAGGACAAGUAAUGUUCUGUGAUUUUUAUAAUCCUGCAAAUCGAACUUACUGUAAGAGAUUAAGAGUUCUUUGUCCUGAACACUGUAAAGAUCCAAAAAUUAGUGAAAUUGAAGUUUGUGGUUGUCCAUUAGUUACAAAUGUAUUUGAUAUGACUGGUGAAUUCUGUCGAGCACCAAAAAAAAGUUGUGUAAAGCAUUAUGUUUGGGAAAAAUUAAGACGAGCAGAAAUUGAUAUGGAAAGGGUGAGACAGUGGUUAAAAAUAGACGAAUUAGUUGAACAAGAGAGACAAAUAAGAGCAAAUAUGGCUACACGUGCUGGUGUUUUAGCUUUAAUGCUUCAUUCUACAUAUAAUCAUGAAUUAAUGGAACAAAUGACACAAGAACAAAAUAGAGAACAAUUAGAAGCUAUGGAAGAGGAACUACAGCGAAGAUAUGGCUUGCUUCAAAAAGAGCAAACUAUAGAACAAUGAUUAUUUUUAUCAACGGCAAUUAAUUUUAUAAACCAUAGACGUCACAACCUCAAAUUAUACUUGCAAUGUCACGCAACACUACAACGUGCACCCGUUGAUCGCUGGAGUUCUUCACUGGAUCCUUCCCAUGUAUAUUUGACAAGAUCAAUUUUUGCUUCAGAUAUGCGAUCAUCGAUGCAGAAAGCGGAUAUGCGACGCUUAAAACUUAUUCACUUUAAGCAUAAUUUCAAUUCUAUCUAUUAAAAAAACUUUCUUUGAAAAAAUAUAAAAAAAAAAUUUUGAGAUUUUUAGAAAUAUUUUCAAACAAGCCAACAUAACAAAUGAUACAUUAUCGGCAAAAACACACUACUAAAAAUAUACGCGAUUAAAAGCUGGUAUUACAUUCAAUAUCAAAUCUUAAAAGAAAAAAAAUUAUUAAAAUUUCACGCAUAUACACUUGCAUCGUUUGGUGAACUGUAAUACAGCGUGACAGAUUGCAAACUGCAAAAAUUUAGCAUGCAUUGGCGUAAUAUUACGUAACUGAUGAACACUGCUAUAUUUAAAUCAGCCAAAAAAAUUUACCCCUGUAUAGAAAAAGAACAACCCCCAUCCGAAAAUAUCUGCGAGAUUAUUUAUAUUCUUACUUGUCUUAACAUGUACAUAAAUGUAUAAAAUAUUUCUAUAAAUAUAAAUAAAUAUAUAAACACAUAAUAUAAUAUAUAUAAAAAUAUAUUAUACUAUUAUAUUAUAUAUAAAUACAAUAUAAAUAUAUAAAAUAUAUUCUAUAUAUAUAUAUAUAUUCAUAAGAUAAUCGAAAACAUAUAAAGACUGAAUCUCUCUCUUUUUUUCUUCCUUCCUUGCAUUUUCAUAGAGAUGGCAGGAAAAUAUGUCGCGUUAACAAAUCACUGUGUAUUUUUAAAAAUUAUCUUAUUCUUUUUUUCUUUAAAUCUGAUCAUAUGAUUGUUUUGUUUGACAGAAAACAUUGAGGGAAUACUUACACGAUGUGUCGUGGAGAAUGGUCCCCUAAUCAGGCUGACAGUCAGACUCUUUAACCUGGUCGGAUAUCCGGUUUAGAUAAUGCGUCUCUCUGGUACUUUAAACAUGCACGCUACGCUGCGCAAUGCGCUCUGUUGAUCAACGAUUCUGCAUUCCACAGGGAGACAAUGGUCAUCCCACAAAUUUGGUCAUGUUUUCAGUUCGUCAUGUUUCUCUCUUUCAUUUCACUUAUAUUAUAAGUAGCUCACAGAUCGACACAUGUCAUCUCUGAUGAUUCCCCGCAUGACGAACGACGCGCCUGCCCUCUCUACUCUCAUUACCGAAUAACAGAGAUACAUAUGCACAAGGCAUAUGCAAGACGGAAAUUAUUUUUUUCUUUGAACUUGAAAAAAUAGUUGUAAAAGUAAAAAAAUAAGUCAAUGGAAAUCAGUAUAUAUUUUUUUUUGUGAAAGCUUGGAAAAAUUGAUGCGUAGCAAUAUUGUUUUCAAGCUUAUUAACUAUCGAUAAAAAAGUGUCAAAAUUUGGAGGGAAGCCGCAUCAAUCGUGCCGCGAGGAUCAGCCAGAGUGUAUAGAUUUAUUAAAGAGAUAGAGAUAGAGAUAGAGAUAGAGAGAGAGAGAGAGAGAGAGAGAGAGAGAGAGAGAGAGAGAGAGA